GAUGAUUGAACUUGCUGCUAUAUUCAUAGGCAUUGGCUUCGCAUUCAGCUAUAGCAGCCGCAGCAAUAAAACGAACGCUGUGUUUCUAAAUAAAGCUACCUCGGUGGACAAGCUGGAAGGGUUGGAGCAGCAUAUUCUGGAGAGUAAGCCAUGGAACUCAAUAGUGGUAUAUGGAACAGUUGGAUCAACCUCACCCAUAGAGACCAAUCGUUCUAAAACUUCGGGUGUUUUCUACCAGGAAACGGCCUCAAUUGUUUACGAGAGGUUUUUUGAAGAUCUUCCAAUGCUGGAAGAUGAGGCUAUUUUGUUGAACCGUAAGGAGGUUCCUUGGUAUCUGGAGGACGGUACUGCUCAGGUUAAUGUAAUGGGUUACAAACGUGCCAGAGGAUUUGAUUAUAUUUUAAAAGCGUAUGAGUUUACUGAUCCAGUGGCUAAACACUUCAAAAGCUUGCUUUCUCAGAAAAAUGUUAAGAUUACGGAUCCUAAAAGUUGCAUAACUUGUGAGGAAGUUCUUGAGAUUGGUACGCCUUUGACUAUUGUUGGUAUUGCUGGGAGAGACCAAGAUGGGGCUCCCAUGAUCAAACGUGUCCAUCAAAUCUUCAAUGGACGUAUAGAACUCGAGGAAUUGAUCUGUGAUAUGGAAUCAAACUCAGAGUCCUAUGGGAUAUCCUCCAUAUACUUUAUUGCUACGGGUAUGAUUUUACUCGCUAUGUGCGUUUUGGAAGAUCUCAACGAAGCUUAAGUGUUUUCAGUUUUAAUUUUGCUUUUG